AUGCCGCCCAAGGCCGUGGCCAAGCGGCCCGUGGCGGGGACCCCGUGGCUCGUGGUCCAGCUCGAUGAUGGCACGCACUUCUUCUUCAACAAGGUCAAGCGGCAGUCGGUCAAGGAGCUGCCAGCUGAACUACAGGGCGUGCCUUUGCCGCUCUUUGAGGGGCCACCCGCGAAGCGAAGCAAAGGUGCUGCAGUGGCUACAUUAUCAGGGCCGGCUCCAACACCAAGCGGUGUGCCCACGUCUGACGUUCCUCUCAUGACCGGCAGUGCUCCAUCAACUAUGGGCAUGGGUGGGCCCCCACCAACUAGCAUGGGCAUGGGCGGCCCUCCACCAACUAGCGUGGGCAUGGGUGGGCCCCCACCGACUAGCAUGGGCAUGGGCGGCCCUCCACCUGGAAUGGGCGGCCCUCCACCUGGAAUGGGCGGCCCUCCACCUGGAAUGGGCGGCCCUCCACCGACUAGCAUGGGCAUGGGCGGCCCUCCACCUGGAAUGGGCGGCCCUCCACCGACUAGCAUGGGCAUGGGCGGCCCUCCACCUGGAAUGGGCGGCCCUCCACCGACUAGCAUGGGCAUGGGCGGCCCUCCACCUGGAAUGGGCGGCCCUCCACCGACUAGCAUGGGCAUGGGUGGCCCCCCACCGACUAGCAUGGGCAUGGGUGGGCCCUCACCAACUACCAUGGGCAUGGGUGGCCCUCCACCGACUAGCAUGGACAUGGGUGGCCCUCCGCCAACUAGCAUGGGCAUGGGCAUGGGCGGCCCUCCGCCAACUAGCAUGGGCAUGGGCAUGGGCGGCCCUUCACCAAGUAGCAUGGGCAUGGGUGGCCCUCCGCCAACUAGCAUGGGCAUGGGCAUGGGCGGCCCUCCGCCAACUAGCAUGGGCAUGGGCAUGCGCGGCCCUCCAAUUGGCAUGGGCAUGGGUGGCCCGCCACCUCCAUACCCACCACCGAGUGGCAUGAUGGGUGCCCCACCUGCCCAGUUUCCUCCUCCACCCAUGCCCCCGCCAGCCAACAUGCCACCUUACGCCAAUUUUCCUCCUCCACCAAUGCCCCCACCACCAAACAUGCCCCCCAACUCCAAGUUUGCACCCCCCACCAACAUGCCCAUGCCUCCACCCGCAUUUGCCCCGCCUCCCAUCGUUGAUCCAGUCGCUCAGCGCGUGAACAGCGUCGAGCAGCGAAAAACUAAAGUCCGUGAGGUGCUCAAGGAAUGGAACAUCUCAGCGCUAGCCAUUUGGGAGGACGUGUUGGCUCGCCUCGAGAAAGAGGACAAGGCAUUCGACCUGACCAAGAAGCAACUGCGUUCCGCCUUUGACAAAUAUCAAAAAGACGCGGCCAAUGUCGGCCAGGAGCAAGGCCGCGCAGAAGCUCUGCAGCAAGCGCGCUCGGCCUACGAACAGCUGCUCAAGGAUGCCAAACUUGCCGCCACCUCAACGUGGCAGUCCUUUCAACUACGCUUUGCGCGCGACCCCCGCUUUACAAACACGCUCCUCAAACUCAAGGAGAAAGAAACGCGGUACCGCGAAUUUAUUGAGGCCCUCAAAGAGUCCCAAAAGGCGUCUGAGAAAACAGCGCAAGCGCUGAGGCUUGAGUAUUUCAAGCUCUUGCAAGAGCUCAAGGUGGCGCCGCAUGAUGCUUUUGGCGCUCUGCGUCGCGACGUGAACCGAGAUGCACGUGGCCGGGCUCUUAGCGAAAGUGAGCAACGACGCUUUUUUCGAGACUACCAGGACAUCCUGCGUCGUGACGGUGUCGUCGCCGUCACCGGUGAACAGCAACGUGAGCUUGCUGUGCGGCGUGAGCAGCAUCGACAACAACGCGAGCGGGACCAGGCCAGUCGACGUUUGCACGAGGGUGAAGCGUCCACAAUCUUCCUGCUCUACCUCAAAGACCAUGUCAAAGACCCUGAGACUGCUUUUGAAGAGGUGCUGGCAAAAGUGCAGAAGGAACCCAUUUGGUCUGAAAUCCAAGGCCUCGGAGAAGAAGGUCUUGCCAACGUGUUUGGUGACCAUGUUGGAGACCUGGUUGAGCGCCGCCGCAAGGCUUUCCACGAAUUGCUGGACACGUGCAAGGCUGUCGAGGUGGACGUUCCUUUUGCCGCCGUGCGCGAUAUUCUGGCUGAGGAUCGGCGCUUUGCACGUUUCGGAAUCGAUGAUGAGCAACGUGAAGAUGAAUACGAACACUAUAUGGCCGACCGUAAGGAGGCUGCAGUCCUCAACUUCCAGGAGCUGCUGGCCGAGUCCCGGGUGAUCAACCACAAGUCAAUGGACCUCAUUCAAGAAGGUGGCUUCGAGUGUUCUCACAUGAAGGAGAUUUUGAACGUGUUGCAGCAAGACAGGCGUUAUGACAAUUUGAGUUUUGCUCCCGAAGAGCGUGUCGAGCUCUUGCUCGCUUUUAUGCGUAGGCUCAAAGACCGUGGCUCGCCACCCGCCGUGACGUCUUCAUUCAAGGAUGAUCGCCUGCAGCUCGUGCGGGAGCUCAACGAGCAAGACCCCGAGCCUGAAGCUGCCGGCUCGUCCUAA